GUCGUGCUAACGGCUUGGAUUUUACCCUCUUUAUACUUCACCACUUCUCAGUAUUUUCGAAAAGGAUUCUGUUCUUAUGCAAAACAUUGUUUAAAAUUCAAAUCCGAACACGAGCCAUAUCAUAAAACAGGAGGGUAGUCUGUGAGUUAUCGGAAAUAAGAUAGCUUUUCAUUGCACUUGGCCGCAAACGUGGCGACUAAAAUGUUGAAAUGGGUAACGGUAUCUCCCAGUGAUCCUCACAGCAAAAGAGGAGGAUAACAGAAGUAAAUUGACAUACCGGUUACAAAACUGUUACUCAUUUUAACGAUGUGUGAAUAACCCGAGCGUGAAUUGAUGCAAUUUAGUGCUAGAGGAGGCGAUUUCCAAGGGGACGAGGCUCCCGUCAUUUGCAAGUGUGAGUCCCAAUGGGAUAGAUGGUGCUUUACUAAUCUCGAUUGCAGUUUUAUGUCUUAGCUGUCCUGAUCGCAAAUACAUGCACCGGGUGUGAAUGGCCGUUUGUAUUUCAACCGAAUGAGAAGAAAACGGUAAGAAGGUGGGUGAGCUGCCUGUUCAGAAUCGCAGCUGCGUGUGCCGAAGCUCGCCGUGCUUUACAUAUUCAAAAAGCAGCGGAUGUCUCAUGUGACAUGGUGAUAUGCAAUUAAAACAUCGGGCACUUUGCAAUUAUUAAAAUGAAAACAAUGAAACGGGUUCCCCAUACGAUGCUCACGCUACAGGGAUGGCUGGAACCCUCAGUUACCACCCGUACAGUAAUGCGGCGUACCCUUAUCAACUCAACGACCCGGCUUACAGGAAGAACGCCACACGAGACGCCACGGCCACACUCAAAGCCUGGCUGAACGAGCACAGGAAGAACCCCUACCCGACGAAAGGCGAAAAGAUCAUGCUGGCCAUCAUCACGAAAAUGACCCUGACUCAGGUCUCCACCUGGUUCGCCAACGCCAGGAGGAGACUCAAGAAAGAGAAUAAGAUGACCUGGGCUCCGAGGAACAAGAGCGAGGACGAAGAAGAGGAAGAAUCAGGGGAGAGUGAAAGAAACAAGGAAGGAAGUUUGAAGAGAAAACACGAGCAAAACGAAACAUCAGCAGAGGAUGAAGGCAUUAGUUUGCACGUUGACACGCUGACUGACAGCUCCUGCUCCCCAGAAUGUGAAGGAGACAAAGUGUGCAGGGUGGAGGACAGCGUUUGUGAAUCUGGCUCCGACACGAAGGAAAAAUGUGACAAUUGUAUUGAUGAUGAUGAUGCCGUUGGUGUUGAUGCUGAUGGCAGCGACGAGGAGCGGGACCUUUCUCACAAAGCCAUGAACUCUUCGCCUCUCACUCGGGUGGACGCCGCACUACUUCACGUGCAAGAAGACGAGAGCUCGGGGAGUAGAACCAAACACAGCCUAAACAGUAUCAUCACCUCCGCUUCACAGACUCCAGUCAGCAAACCCAAACUUUGGUCUUUAGCGGAAAUUGCCACCUCGGAUAUUAAACAGCAAUUCGGACAGAUCUGUUCUCCGUCGCCGAACUCCUCUUCAUCGACCUCUAGCUCUACCUACCCGGCCACUUCAAUCCUUGGCAGGCCCAUUUACUAUACUUCACCCUUUUACACUAACUAUACGAACUACGCCAACUUUAACCAUCUGCAAAGCCAAGGCAUUUUGCGAUACAGCACCAACGAGACUGUCUUAAACACUGCCUCCAUGCACAAACAAAGUACUGACUCUCUGAAAAAUACGAGUUCCCAGCUCGAACAACACUUCAGGGCCACAAAGUACGACUCCAAAAAAGACCCCAGUGAUGUCUGCACAGUAGGAGUGCAACCAUAUCUAUAGAUGUGUUAUCAGCAGUGCAAGUAAGUGAUCAUGUGAAAAGACGCAUCCAAAAUACAAAGUUUGGAGCCUAAGCAGUGAAAUCAAUGCGCUGCAAAAUGAGGAGGGGAAAUGCAUUUAAAUAUUGUCUAACUGAAAAGUACGAAAACUUAUUUCAUGACAUUAUUUAUUGGUAAGAAACACAUAGGGUUUAUAAUAACAAUGGUCCACACCGUCGCAAAUUUUGCAAUAUUUUAAACUGUGCUCAGUAUGUCUCUAAAAUUGUGACAGCUCGAUGCUUACCAGUUGGUUGACUGGGAUUCUCUUUUAUUUCCUUGGUCUGCAGGUAGGUGUCACAAUUGCUUUGAAAAUGUCAGCGAGCCAUUCCCCCCAGCUAUUAAGCAAAAAAAAUGUAUAUAGUACUGGAUCACAUCUUGUGCCACUGUAUAGAGAAGACCUCACAGAGCACUAUUUUAAUUCACAGCUGAUGUUAUUAAGAAAGCAAAUCCCUGCAACAUAUCUCUGCAUUUGUUGGCUAACUAUUAUGCUGUAAAUGUGAUUUUUUGGAAAAUGUCUUCUCAGGUUUUCUUCACUUGAUCUGUUUAUUUGCCACGUUCUAGGUGUAAUGCGGCUUUAUUGUAAAACUAUUUGUAGAUAUACGGUAGAACAAUGUGAUUGAAGAACUUGAGUAUCUGGAAAACAUUUGAUAUUUAUUUUUGUAACGAUGACACAAAGCUUCUAGUAAUUUAUGCAAGUUGUAUUGCAAUGGAAUCUGAACAUUUUGUAAAUAAAUCUGCUUGUUUUUUUUGGAACGUGAUAACAGUUACAAUCUGGUUGUUAUAGGGACACUUUACUAAUUUAUAUCUUUAAAUGUAAAUAAAAUUGAGUAGUCUGCAACUGCAA